CCAUCUCUACACUGGUCGACACACGGACGCAGUAACAUAAACAAGGCACAAACUGGGUACAAAUACAUACACACACAUAUAGCUGCAGAGAAAACUGAGAGAGCUAGCUUAUAUAGCCGUCGAUCAUGGCUGGUGUUAGGCAGCAACUCAUCAUCGCCGGCGUCGUGGCCGUGGCCGUGGCGCUGAUGGCGACGGCGGCGGAGGGGUUCAUCUCGAAGAAGACUUGGGCCGCCGUUCGCCGGGCCAACCGCGACGGGCCGUUCGUCGGGCUCGUCGUCCCCAACACCUACGAGAUGGUCCCCGUGCUCAACUCGCCAAGCUUCAAAGCCAGCAAGGGCGUACCUAACAUCGACGUCCAAGGGCGGAGGUUUCGCUUCGGAACGAUCGGCGGCCAAAACGUUGUCAUGGUCAUGACAGGGCUGAGCAUGCUGAACGCGGGGCUGACGACGCAGCUGCUGCUGAGCCUGUUCCGGGUGAAAGGCAUCGUGCACUGGGGCAUCGCGGGCAACGCCAACGAGGAUCUCCAGAUCGGCGACGUGACCAUCCCGGAGUACUGGGCGCACCUCUCCCUCUGGAACUGGCAGCGCGCCGGCCUUGGCAAGGACAACGAGCUCCCCCUCGAGUCCGCCGGCGACUACACCCGUGACCUCGGCUUCCUCAACUUCUCCGACUACACCGUCGGCCAAGCAGCCACAAACCCGGAGCUCUCCGCCAACAAGCUCAACAGCAUCUGGUACCAGCCGGAGGAGAUCUUCCCGGCGUCCGGCGAACCAGAAGAACGGCGGCACGCGUUCUGGGUCCCCGCCAGCGCCCCGUACUACGCGCUGGCCGCGAAGCUGGAAGGGAUGAAGCUGCCCCAGUGCGUGAAGAACAACAACGGGACGACGGACAAGUGCCUGCCGCGGGCGCCGCGGGUGGCGCGCGUGGCCAGGGGCUGCAGCGCCAACGUGUUCCUGGACAACGCCGCGUACCGGCAGUUCAUCCGGGCCAAGUUCGGGUGCACCCCCGUGGAGAUGGAGAGCGCCGCCGUGGCGCUCGUCGCGUACCAGCAAGGGGUGCCGUUCCUGACGAUCCGGUCGCUGUCUGAUCUCGCCGGCGGGGGGUCUGCGCUGGGGAACGAGGCUGGCGAGUUCAUCGGUAUCGCUGCGCAGAAUGCCGUGGAUGUCAUGCUCAGGUUCGUGCCGCUGCUCGGCGAGGAGGAGUCCGGCGGCGUGGCAGAGGACGUGUGACGCGGCCGGGUAAUAAUCCACGCACGUGCGCGAGUCGGGUGCGAGCAUCGUUUCCUUGGCUUGCGUGUCGGACUUGCAUGCCCUUGAUGCAUGGCCCUGUAUCUGUAUGCGCGAUUGGAUGGUGAGCAGAGCGCUCGAUCGAGUUGCAGAGAAAUAAAUCGAAUAAGUAAUUUGGUCGUGAUGUC